AUGGCGCUUAUAGUAUUGAAAGUUCUCUUUCUCGCCUCUCUCAUCAUCCCGUCCAUCGCGCUAUCGGACCAAGCGAAGAAUGGAAAUGCAAGAACCCAAUGUGAAGUCAAACCAGGUGGUUCCUCAGAAAUAGAUGACGUGCCUGCUAUCCUCGAUGCACUGACAACGUGUGGUUCCGGUGGCCGGGUGACAUUCACCAAUCACACCUACUAUAUCAAUUCUGUCAUGAACACAACAUGGCUAGAUGAUGUUGAGAUUGACCUGCAAGGUACACUCUUGUGGAGCACUAACAUAUCCUACUGGCUGAACCACUCCCUCCCUGUCGGUUACCAAAACCAAUCCACUGCCUGGAUCCUGGGCGGGAAAGACAUCGUCUUCGAAGGACAUGGAUAUGGAACCUUCAACGGAAGUGGACCCACCUGGUAUAAGUAUGUUGGAUCGACAUCGAAUUACCCUAGGAGACCCAACCAGUUGACGGUUUCGGGAGCAACGGGAGCAGUGUUCAAGGGGUUGCGAUUCGUGCAGAGUCAGAUGUGGACAAUGUCUAUCAUCUAUACCUCGGACUCAGUGUUCGACUCCAUCUACGUGAACAAUUUGUACGAUGACGGUGAUUCAGCGCAAAACACGGAUGGCGCAAACACCAUCUAUAGCAACAACAUCACAUUCACCAACUGGGAAGUUGUCAACGGCGAUGACAGUAUCAGCACGAAAGCCAACUCCACCGACAUCACGAUCGCCAAUUCGACAUUCACCAGCGGUCUCGGCAUUGCCAUAGGAAGCAUUGGUCAAUACAACGGUGCCUUUGAGACUGUCAAUGGUCUCAGAAUCUCGAACAUCACAUACGACAAGACAACUCAUGCCGUAUACUUCAAGACUUGGACAGGAGACCAGGUCGGAUAUCCGCCUAAUGGAGGGGGCGGGGGGUUAGGAUAUGCCUCCGACAUCGUCGCAACCAACUUGAAAACCAACAACCUCAAAGGCGCUCCGUUCACAAUCUCCCAGUGUACAACCUUCUCUGGCGCCUCAGGGAACUGCACCAAUUCCAAGUUUCAGAUCCGCGACCUUGUCUUCACCGAUAUUUCAGGUACGGUCGAUUCAGCGGAGGUUGCAAGUUUCCAGUGUAGUGCUGUUGCGCCAUGCGAAGAUAUCGCUAUUGAGAACGUGAGUUUGCGUAUCGCGGGAAAUACGACUCUUGCAGAUGAGUAUUUGUGUGGAAAUGUGGAUGGUGCCGUUGGGUGGAAUUGCACUGGGGAGGUGUGUGUUGGGUCAAGUGCCACUGGGGGAUGUUAA